UUAACGUUGGAUGCACUUUUCAAAAAUGCAGACAUUCGCCGCCGCUGUCUGCGCCCUCCUAGUCUGCAGCGUUUACGCUGACAAGAAGGACGAGAAGGUCGAAGCACGAGGUGGUCUCUUGGGCGCUGGUCUCGGUGGCUACGGCGCCGGUGUCGGAGGACCCGGUCUUGUCGGUGCUGGUCUCGGAGGCGCUGGUCUCGGCGGAGGCUUCCAGUCCGGCUACGGCAAUGCGGCAGGUGGCCACCAGUCUGGAUUCAGGGGUGGAGCUUCCGGACACAACCAGGGGUCAGGAGCAUUCGCUGGCGGUGCCUCCAACAGGAACGUGAACGCCUACAACGACCAGAAGGGCUACAGCCACAGCUCGGGCUUCUCGUCCUCUGACAGCAACCGCUUCGGCGCUGGAAACAAGCAGGGAUCAUCUGGCUUCCAAGGAGGCGCUGCUGGACACCAGGGAGGCUUUGGACAGCAGUCAUUCGGACACAACGCCGGAACUGGAUACGGCGGUGGAUACCUUGGCUAGAUAUUGUAUGCUUUAAACGGAGAGGAACGUCGAAAUCCUAUGCCUUGCUACAGGGUCAUCAGAGGUGGAAAUAAACGGUGGCCGUCUUAGA